UAUAUUGUCUUCCUUUAUUUACAAUAUUAUACGCGCAGUCAUGCUAUUGGGAGAAUGCAAACUGAGGAUUAUAUUUGAGCCAAAGCUUGUUCUUGACACAAGACCUGAGUUUUAAGCUAAGUCACAGCUGCACAUUGACCUAUAAAUUCAAACUUUUACAUCCGUCUUUGGUAUAAAAAUGUAUAGUUGUUUGAUGUGAAAUACCUGUGUAAUAUCCCUGUAUUUUUGCUUGUUUUAGUUUUGGAUGUUUGAGAUGAUACAAAACAUGCUCUGGAUAUGUUUUAUAGUAGUCGUGUCAAUUUCGACAGCAAGGUGUCUCUUAUUGCCAUCUAGUGGUCGAAGAGUGUAACUGCAAUAAACAAGGUGUAAAGUUAAAGUCAUUUCAAAUAGGCAAAACUUCCGGUUAAGCCAUUCAAAAGAAAAUGGCGUUUGUUUAUUUUAACAUUGUAUUUGAUCUGAUCCCAGAAAACUGGUGUAGAGAUAGUUUAAAGUACAAUACCAAUGACGGACGUGAUGUACUGGCUCCAAAAAGCUCCGACUAUAAACUCUCAUUGAAAAAGCGUUGCACUCAUGUCAUUAAGGUAUCACUCCUGAUGAGUGGCUGGUCAGUUGAGCCGACAACCAUGCUUAUCACUCUUUAGUUUCUUCUUGUUCAAAUGUGAUAACUUCUGGCUCCGAACCAAGACGAUGUUAGCCCAUCGUCAAUUUGCUGUUUGAAUAUGUCUAAAAUCAGUGCAUAUAGUUUCACGGAAGUUACGAAAUACUGCAUGGGUUCUUCUAAGCUCUUCUUUGGCUUCUUUAGGCUCAGAAAAAGACAGAACUGAGGCACAUUCACAAGUUAAGUACCAUUUCUACGUUUAUGUCAUGUUUAGUUUUUCAUAAACUGGAUAAUUUUGGUUGCGGAAGUAAUUGUCACGGCCAAGAAACACGGAAGAAAUAAACCGCGUACCAACAUUGUGAUACCGCUGCACAGUAGGUUAAUGGCAACAGAAUGACCCUGGAGAUGAGUAAAGUAUGACGUUUUGGAGCUAAAGCAAAGGUAAUUAUGUUGUUAGAAUCUCAGAAACAUGAUGCUCUCUUUUGUACUAGGCAAAAGCACCUUUGCAACCAAGACGGCGUUGCAUUGGGCAGGUUCUCUACAAAGAUGCUGGACAUCAGCCCUGACCAGGGCUUCUGUGGGUGGAUCAGUUUCUACCAGCUGCACCACUUCAGCCUGGCUGCAAUUCACAGAAAGAUACACUGAACAAGCCCAGCCUCCUGCAGUCUCUGGUUGCAGAAAGACUGAACUUUUCCAAAGGACCCAAACUCCUCAUGCCAUCUUUGUGGCGAGGAACCAAUAUUUCCACUCUUCUGCUGUGAGGCUGAAAAAGCGAGCACAACCUAAACCACCUCCCAGAGAACUAGACUUGCUGCGCUAUGAUAUGAAGCACUUGUGGAAGAGUCCCAAACCAGCCCUUUACUUGGGGUUCGCAGGGCUAAUCCCCUUUGUCUCCCCCACUCUGUUCAUGGCUGUGACAGAGACUUACUAUCCACAGCUGGCUUAUGCACAGUUAGCCUACGGCGCCUCCAUUAUUUCUUUUCUGGGUGGGGCUCGGUGGGGAUUUGCACUUCCUGAAAGCAGCCCAGCCAAACCAGACUGGAUAAACCUGGCCAACAGCAUUGUUCCAUCCCUGAUAGCAUGGGCGAGCAUGCUGAUGAGCGACAGUAUUGUUGCCGCAGCUACCAUGGUCAUAGUGGGACUUGGAAUCUCAUUGCAUUAUGAUUUGUCUCUGCUUCCAACUUACCCAAACUGGUUCAAAGCCCUGCGUGCUGUCCUGACCAUUGUGGCAUUUUUUUCUCUGUUUGGUACUCUUAUAAUAAGCAGUUUAUAUCCAGAGAAGUACAUUUUCGGAGAUUGACUAUAGUUUCCACCUGUAAAUUACUAAAUAUGUGCUGAACUGUAAUGCAGUGAUUUGUCUUUGCUGUACCAAUUAGCUGUUCCACUAUUAUAGUGUCUUCUUACAUGAUUGGAAUCAGACAGCUAAAGUUGAGAAUGAUCUCACUGGGGAAAAAGGUUAUUACACAACAUCUAAACUGGAGUAAUCUGUUCUUAGAGCCUCAGGGGUCAAAUGCAAACUAUCAUCUGGCAUAAGGGGUCAUAGAGUAGACUCAGUUUAGAAUAUAUUGUUGUAGACUGAACAUUAGUAUUUGCGUGUCAUUUAAAAGAAACAUCAAAUAAAUUAGUUAAAAAUCGACAUGGAAAAUAAAAUCAA